CACGGGGAAUGUCUUUUUACAAUAUACAUGUAUAUUAAUAUAUAGACAUGUAUCAAAUAUAUGAUGAUGAUGAUGAUGAUGAUGGUGAGAUAUCAACUGCAGUAUAGGAACCAUGCAGAGAACAACAACAACAUCAACAAACAACCAACAGGGCAACAACGUUGCGAUACUUUAUUAUAUAUUCACACGAAAGGGGACACACAGCUUUGUCAUACACAGCACUUUAAAGCCGGCAUUUAUAGCCACACACAGGAACACAACACACACACACACACACACACACACACACACACAUGCACACACAGCCAUCCCAUACAACAAAACGGCCGAUAGCAACACAGCACAGAAAACAGGGGGAAAAAACAACAAGGACAGAAAUCAAAGGCGCAAAUCGCUUACCAGGAGAGCUGCACUUGACGCAGCAAUGACUGGUGGCGACCAGACGAGGCCUGCUGCAGCUUAAGGAUGCAAAGGUCCGCGAGGUGCUCUGUCAGGUGUGGGUCC